UCUCCCCGAGAGACACGCGUGGGCCGCUUGCCUCCUGAAGGAGGGCCGCCGAGAGGGGUACGGGUGUCACGGGCUGCCCCUCCCGGUACGGGGCCACGUGGCAGGCGCGGGCCAAGCCCAGGGGAAAGAAGCUGGCCCGUGGGGUAAAGAACCACUGAGGCACUGCGGAGCCAAGCCGAAAGCUUCAGGGUUUGGAGCAGAGACGCGGCGACGAGAGGGAGGGGAGAAGGCAGGCUGGCGCAUGGGGCGCCCCGGCCCGGCCGGCAGCGCGCCCCCUUGGUCCCCACCGCGCUGAAUGACCCCCAGCGCCGCACCUCAAACCCGCGCCGGGAGGCCAUGCCUGUCAUGAAGGGGUUGCUGGCCCCACAGAACACCUUCCUGGACACCAUAGCCACCCGCUUCGACGGCACACACAGCAACUUCCUGUUGGCCAAUGCACAGGGCCCACGGGGCUUUCCCAUCGUCUACUGCUCUGACGGCUUCUGCGAGCUCACGGGCUACGGCCGCACUGAGGUCAUGCAGAAAACGUGCAGCUGCCAUUUCCUUUAUGGUCCAGAGACCAGUGAGCCAGCCCUGCAGAGGCUGCACAAGGCACUGGAGGGCCAUCAGGAACACCAGGCUGAAAUUUGCUUCUACCGGAAGGAUGGUUCGGCCUUUUGGUGCCUCCUGGACAUGAUGCCAAUCAAGAAUGAGAUGGGGGAGGUCGUGCUUUUCCUCUUUUCCUUCAAGGACAUCACUCAGAGCGGAGGCCCAGGACUUGGCCCCUCAGGGGACAGUAAUCAUGAGAACUCCCUUGGCAGGAGGGGAGCCAGCUCAAGACAUCGAUCUACCAGGAGACAGGGCCGGACUGCCCUACACCGACUGACUGGCCACUUUGGCCGCCGGGGCCACAGAGGCAUGAAAAACAAUAAUAACGUGUUUGAGCCAAAGCCAUCAGUGCCCGAGUACAAGGUGGCCUCCGUGGGGGGGUCCCGCUGCCUCCUCCUCCACUACAGCAUCCCCAAGGCUGUCUGGGAUGGCCUCAUCCUCCUCGCCACCUUCUACGUUGCGGUCACUGUCCCCUACAAUGUCUGCUUCUUGGGCGAUGAUGACGACACCCCCAUCACUUCCCGACACACUCUUGUCAGCGACAUCGCCGUGGAGAUGCUCUUCAUCCUGGAUAUCAUCCUGAACUUCCGCACCACCUAUGUGUCCCAGUCCGGCCAGGUGGUCUCUGCUCCUCGUUCCAUUGGCCUCCACUACCUGGCCACAUGGUUCUUCGUUGAUCUGAUCGCCGCGCUGCCUUUUGACCUGCUUUACAUCUUCAACAUCACUGUGACAUCGCUGGUGCAUCUGCUGAAGACAGUGCGGCUGCUGCGGCUGCUGCGGCUGCUGCAGAAGCUGGAGCGCUACUCCCAGUGCAGCGCCGUGCUGCUCACACUGCUCAUGUCCGUCUUUGCGCUCCUUGCCCACUGGAUGGCUUGUGUCUGGUAUGUCAUCGGGCGCCGGGAGAUGGAGGCCAACGACCCCCUGCUCUGGGACAUCGGCUGGCUGCACGAGCUGGGUAAGAGGCUGGAGGUGCCCUACGUCAACGGCUCGGCGGGCGGCCCGUCGCCGCGCAGUGCCUACAUUGCUGCACUCUACUUCACGCUGAGCAGCCUGACCAGCGUGGGCUUCGGCAACGUGUGUGCCAAUACCAACGCCGAGAAGAUCUUCUCCAUUUGCACCAUGCUCAUAGGCGCGCUGAUGCACGCGGUGGUGUUCGGUAACGUGACGGCCGUCAUCCAGCGCAUGUACUCGCGCCGCUCGCUGUACCACCGCCGCAUGAAGGACCUGAAGGAUUUCAUCCGCGUGCAUCGCCUGCCGCGGCCUCUCAAGCAGCGCAUGCUCGAGUACUUCCAGACCACGUGGGCCGUCAACAGCGGCAUAGACGCCAAUGAGUUACUGCGUGACUUCCCAGACGAGCUGAGAGCUGACGUUGCCACGCACUUGAAUCGGGAGAUCCUGAAGCUGCCGCUAUUUGGAGCAGCAAGCAGGGGCUGCCUGCGGGCCCUCUCCCUGCACAUCAAGACCUCCUUCUGUGCUCCGGGCGAGUACCUGUUGCGCCGUGGGGAUGCCCUGCAGGCGCACUACUAUGUCUGCUCAGGCUCGCUGGAGGUUCUCCGUGACAACGUGGUGCUGGCCAUCCUGGGGAAGGGGGACCUGAUUGGGGCAGCUAUCCCUGAGCCAGAGCAGGAGCCUGGGUCAGGGGCAGGCCCAAGCUGCGUGCUGAAGACCAGCGCUGAUGUGAAGGCACUGACCUACUGUGGCCUGCAGCAGCUGAGCAGCCAAGGGCUGGCUGAGGUCCUGAGACUCUAUCCUGAGUAUGCGGCUGCCUUCCGGGCUGGCCUGCCCCAGGACCUCACCUUCAACCUGCACCAGGGCUCUGACACCAAUGGCCUCAGCUGCUUUUCCCGAUCCCCUCGGCUCUUCCAGCCCCGCUCUGAAAGCCUUGGUUCCUUCUCAGACAAGAUCCUGCCGUCCAUCACAGAGUCUGAGGCUGGGGCAGAGCCUGGAGGAGGUCCCAGGCCCCGCCGGCCCCUCCUGCUGCCCAACCUUAGCCCGGCACAGCCCCGGGGCUCCCUGGUCAGCCUUUUGGGCGAGGAGCUGCCUCCAUUCUCAGCCCUUGUCUCCACCCCUUCUCUGUCCCCAUCCCUGUCCCCUGCCCUGGCUGGCCAAGGCCACAGUCCCUCCUCUCAUGCCCUGCCCAGGGGCUCUGCUGCCUGGAAGCCUCCCCAGCUUCUCAUUCCCCCACUGGGAACAUUUGGACCUACGGACCUCAGUCCCCGGAUAGUGGAUGGCAUUGAGGACUCUGGCAGCACAGCAGAGGCCCCUAUAUUCCGGUUUGGCAGGAGGACUGAGCACCCUAGGUCCCGCACUCAGGCCCCUCCGACAGGGACCAGGCCCAGCCAGGACGCGGCCACUGAGACAGAGGAGGUGAAGGAAAAGGUCUGCAGGCUGAACCAAGAGAUCUCCCGUCUCAACCAGGAAGUGUCUCAGCUCAGCCAGGAGCUUCGACAAAUGAUAGGCCUGGUGCAGGCCAGGCUGGGUUCCCCAGGCCACCCAGUAGUCUCAGUUGGGCCUUCAGGCCCUCCCUGCCCCCAGCUAAGGCCUUCCUGCAUCUCUCCCUGUCUGUCCAGACCACCGCCUAGCUUCCAGGAUACUACUCUUGCUGAGGUCCAUUGCCCAUCCAGUGUGGGGACAGCAGAGAUGAGGACUGUCCCCCCCAAUCUGAGACCCUCCGUGUUGUCCCCUUAUCCCUCAGAGCCUGACCCUCUGGGACCCUCCCCAGGGCCAGAGACUUCACCCCCAACUCCAAGCCUCAUGAGGCACAACUUCCGGUCCAGGUCAGACACAUUCCACUGACCCUGGCUCUGGGCCCAGGCCUGUCUGGGGUGGGCAUUGCCACCUGUCAUCAGGGAGGUGCUGGGCCCGUGGCCUCCUGCCUCGGGUUAGGAGCCAUCAGCUGGUCUGGUCGGCUCUGGAUUCUCAGGACUUUUUCAUAAAGCCCAGUCACUUCUGACCCUUUUCCCUUUUCCAAACCUUCCCCUCCUCCCCCUCUGGGAGGGGAGCCACCUGAGGCCGUGGAACCCAACAAGCAUGAGACAGACUGCAGUGGCCAUUUGGCUGGACUGAUGAUAUGUCCUGCUUUCUCCCCAGGA